AUGUCGGCCAACAAAACCUCAAGAAUAGGAGAAGAAAUAUGGAAGUCAGUCAACCCACAAACCCCUAUAAUAACCGAGAAGCCAUUCUCAAUUUACUCGACUGCAUUCCGUCCUCGAACCCAAGCUAACCAGCUAUUCCCUCGCAGAACUAGAGUCGAUAAAGUGAACGCAGAGCUGGUCACAUUAACCUACGGAACGAUCGUUGCACAAUUAUGUCAGGACUACGACAGCGACUACCAGGAGGUUAAUAAGCAGUUGGACAAGAUGGGAUACAAUAUCGGAAUGCGCCUGAUCGAAGACUUCCUGGCCAAGUCAGGUGUCGGGCGAUGCGCCAACUUUAGAGAGACAGCAGAUAUGAUUGCGAAAGUUGGCUUUAAGAUCUUCCUAAACGUAACACCGACGGUCACGAAUUGGGCAAGCGACAACAACCAGUUCUCUCUUAUCUUCGAAGACAACCCCUUGGCAGACUUUGUGGAACUUCCCGAUGAUGGACGGGCCCAAGAUGAGCUGUGGUUCUCCAAUAUUCUAUGUGGUGUCCUCCGAGGGUCACUGGAAAUGGUUCAAAUGCAGAUCGAGGCACACUUUGUUAGCGACGUGCUGCGCGGAGAUGAGACGACGGAGAUGCGGGUCUCGCUUGUACGAUACAUCGAAGAUGAGAUGCCGCCGGAAGAAGAGUGA